CAACCGAGCUGGAAAAGAGUAUCUGGACAACCUGUGACUGUGAGAGUGGACGCGGCGUCUAGCUAAACCCCAUGAGCUUUGAAACCACAGCAACAACGUUCUUCGUCAUUCUUCAGAUUUGCCUCAUUUUCAUCCUGGUUUUAUUGGCGGUUUUUUUGUAUAAAUGUUUCCAGAGCAAGGGUGAUGAAGAGACAGAAAAAGUGCCUUGUCGAGGUGGUGACGGCGGUGAAGAUUGUUCAGCUGCAACCAUGGAGACUAACAAUUCAAGAGACCCAGAGAAGACCAUCCUCAUGCAAAUCAUGGGCAUGGACUCGCCUGCACGGCCCGGCAUUCUUGUUCAGAGACGGAGUAAGGAAGUGAUGGACACGCCCUUGGACAACAGGGAGGACAUGGAGACAGAGGAGGACGGAACCAUAGAGAAGCAAGAUGCUGAGAUUGCUGGGGAGGAUGAUCAAGAGGGUGAGGAUUUGACAAAAACUGGAAUUCCUGCAGGCGUUGAAAAUCAAAAAAGACCUUUAAAAGAAGUGACGUUUUCUAGAGAGGUAAUUGUUGUGGAUCUUGGGAAGGAAUACCCUACACCUCAAAGCUAUACUCGAGAGCAUAAAGAAAGAAAAUGAAGCUCCAAUGCAAGCUGAGAGUAAAAGCAACGUAACCUUGGACCAACAGUGAAAUGAUUAGGGGCACAAAAUCAUGCUGAAACAGAUAAAUAACAGGAAAUUAAGCCAAUACAGAUAGUAUUUUUACCUUUGUGCAAAAAGAAAUGUGCUAUGUGCAGAAUUCUGUAUUUAAAAUAACUCAGAGCUUGAAUACAGUUUUUUAAAAAAAAAACAACUCAAAUCUGAGUUCAAGAACUGGAUUGUAUUAAGUGUCCUUAAAAUUCUGUCUACUCAAACACUGUUCUAACAUAUGAAUAAAGUUAUUUGUCUUUGUACAGGGA